AUGCUGGGUGACAUUCGCUCGAACAUGGCCACAAAGGACGACGUCACAGAGGUGAAGAGAACCAUUCAUGAGCACGAGGUCAAGAUUGACGGUUUGACUGCGCGAAUGAAGGCGAUCGAGGACAGAUCUAAUACCAGAAUGGAGGCAGCACAAUCCGCUGCCACCGCCGUCAUGACUGAAGCUGUUGACAAUCAGCUGAAGGACAUGAAGGCACACAAUCUCAAGAUGCAGGCCGAGCUUGCUGCUCUGUCUUCGCGUACGCCAUCGACCAGGUCGAAUGCAUCGGCCGCAUCACAAGAGCCCGAGAAGGAGAGGGACAACCGCAAGAUCUGGAUCGCAGGCUUCCCGAGGCCGCUGCUAGCCAAGGUCAUGAGUGCCCAUGCGACACAGCUCAUCCAACAGCACGUCCCCAACGGCAUCACGGCAAUGCCCAAGUCUCACAACUUCCAGACGGCCUACAGCAUCAUCUUCGAUUCGAACGAGGCGGCCAAGGAUUUCUUGAUGCGCGCUCGGACCCUGGGUGUGAAAUGGCGCGACCCUCGCACCAACACUGACUGUGACUUGAAGAUCCGCAUGGACGCGCCGCCAGCCAUCCGCAAAGUCAACCGCAUCCUCGGCGUCCUCUGGUCCAAGGUGGUGGAGACAGCCAAGGCCAAUAACAAGUGGAGUCCUUCUUUUACGCUAGGCUCGCAAGGAUUUCGUGGCACGCUAUGGCUGAUCUCGAAUGAUGACACGGAGAACCUCUUCCAGGUGAAAGGCGUAGAGUCGAUGCAGUUGGACGUCAUUCCUAACGUCGUGGCAUUGAAGAAGCUCGGCUUCACUGAUGCCACCAUCAACAGCACGGUUGAGAGCAUCCUGAUCCAGGAGAUCGCUCUGCCAAGCCAGCAGCGCAUGAAGGCCAACUUGCAUGAUAUGCCCCUGGGGAUCCUCGCCUCUCCUGUGGAUAGUGAUAUGACUGGUUUGGGUGCCCCGUUCUGCGUGGGCGCUUGCGCAGCACGCCACACCGCCGCCUACGAAGAGAAUUCGGUCUUCAUGCAGAAUUGCCACUUCAGCGAGAAGAGCAAGAGCCUCUUCCUCGUCGUCCAGCGCGUCUGGGUCUUCCAGUCCUGGUGGGUCGUCUGCACGUUCGGCACCUUCGGCAAGUUCAAC